CACACUUGCCGUUGAAUCUCUUCCUCAUCCCCUCCAACCAAUACUCUGUUUCUUCCCUCUUUCCCUUACCAGUUACUGCAAUAAAGCAAACAAGUAUCCGGUAGUAUUAAAACCCUAUUUUCUCAUUGAAUAUCCUUACCUCCUAUGCACAGUCAUCUUCCCUCUCGCAUGGAGAACCUGAAGCGCAGCGAGCACUCUUCAAGCUCCGGUUCGAAGAAGAGCUUGAAGAGGAAGCUGGACCAGGAGUUUGAAGAAGACCGAUCGAGAGUAGGCUCUCCUUCUGCCGAGGAUGCUCGUCAAGAUAUCAUCCUCGAGGUCCGCACUCAAGUGGAGAUUCUUGGAGCGUCUUUCUCUUCAACCGAGCCAGAUCGAGCUGCCUCCAAACUCGCCAUCCAAAUCCUUUCCGAGUUAGCGAAGAACGAGGAAAUUGUGAACGUAAUUGUGGACUGUGGCGCUGUUCCUGCUCUUGUGCAGCAUCUCCAGCUGCCGCCUCCGACAAGGGAAGGUGACUCUGGUCCAAUCCCAUAUGCACAUGAGGUUGAGAAGGGAAGUGCUUUCACACUUGGGAUGCUUGCCAUAAAACCAGAGCAUCAACAACUCAUUGUCAAUGCUGGAGCUGUGCCUCAUCUUAUUAGCAUCCUAAAGAGGCAUAAGGAUAGUCUAAAUUCUCGUGCUCUUAAUGGUGUGAUCAGGAGAGCUGCUGAUGCAAUCACCAAUCUUGCUCAUGAGAAUAGUUGCAUCAAAAGUCGUGUUAGGGUUGAGGGUGGCAUCCCUCCUCUUGUUGAAUUGCUUGUGUUUGCUGAUGCAAAAGUCCAAAGAGCAGCUGCUGGUGCAUUACGAACUUUGGCCUUUAAAAAUGAUGAGAACAAGAAUCAGAUAGUGGAGUGCAAUGCUUUGCCCACUCUUAUUCUAAUGUUGCGGUCUGAAGAUAGUGCAAUACACUAUGAAGCGGUUGGUGUAAUUGGCAAUUUAGUUCACUCAUCCCCCAACAUCAAGAAGGAAGUUCUUGCUUCUGGAGCCUUACAACCUGUCAUUGGGUUACUUAGUUCCACCUGUUCUGAGAGCCAAAGGGAAGCUGCUUUACUUCUAGGGCAAUUUGCAGCGACAGAUUCAGACUGCAAGGUGCACAUUGUCCAAAGAGGUGCGGUUCCACCACUCAUUGCGAUGCUUAGCUCAUCUGAUUCUCAAUUGCGGGAAAUGUCAGCUUUUGCCUUAGGGCGGUUGGCACAGGAUACACACAAUCAAGCUGGUAUUGCCCAUAGUGGUGGUAUUGUGCCACUAUUGAAACUUCUUGACUCAAAGAAUGGAAACCUGCAACACAAUGCUGCAUUUGCACUCUAUGGGCUUGCUGAUAAUGAGGACAAUGUUGCAGAUCUAGUCAAAGUUGGGGGUGUUCAAAAACUUCAAGAUGGAGAAUUUAUUGUUCAACCAACUAGAGAUUGUGUGGCAAAGACAUUGAAAAGAUUAGAAGAAAAGAUUCAUGGGCGAGUUCUAAGCCACUUGUUGUAUUUGAUGCGCGUUGAAGAUAUUGAUGUCCAACGACGUGUUGCAUUGGCUCUUGCUCAUCUUUCAUCACCGGAGGAUCACAAGACAAUUUUUCUAUAUAACAACGGGCUGGAAUUGCUUUUGGAGCUUCUGGAAUCAACAAUUGUAAAGAACCAAAGAGAUGCUUCAGCAGCCCUACGUAAAUUAGCGAAUGAAGCCAGUUCACUUUCUCAUAUUGAUGCAGCUCCUCUGUCUCCAGUUCCCCAGGUCUAUCUGGGUGAUAAGUUUGUAAAUAAUCCUACACUUUCAGAUGUGAUAUUUUUAGUUGAAGGCAAGCGGUUUUAUGCCCACCGAAUUUGCUUGCUUGCUUCUUCUGAUGCAUUUCGGGCAAUGUUUGAUGGUGGUUACAGGGAGAGGGACGCCAAAGACAUUGAGAUCCCAAAUAUCAGAUGGGAUGUUUUUGAGUUGAUGAUGAGGUACAUAUACACGGGGUCUGUUGAUGUUAGUUUGGAAAUUUCUCAGGAGCUUCUAAGAGCAGCUGAUCAAUAUCUGCUAGAUGGCCUAAAACGUCUAUGUGAAUGCACAAUUGCCCAGGAUAUAUCAGUGGAAAAUGUCUCUAUGAUGUUUGAGUUGUCCGAGGCUUUUAGUGCUACGUCGUUAAGAACUGCUUGCAUUCUUUUUGUCCUGGAGAACUUUGACAAACUUAUUGUCAUGCAGUGGUACACGCCACUGAUUCAACGUAUAUUACCCGAGACUCGGGCCCACUUUGUGAGAGUGCUCACGGGACCUGUUCAAGAUGACAUGUGGCGGUAAUAAAUUGCCUCUUUUGUUUUCUUCUUUUCUUUUCUCUUUCUGAUUGGCUAAUGUAGAAGAGGAAGGGGGUGUACAGGAACUAGUAGUUUCACUGAAAUGUCCCAGGAAUGGAAACACUAAUUUGUUUUUUGACUGGGUCUGUAUUCUUCUGUUAUACCAAUUCAUUGUUCCCACAACGUUUUUUGAGUCGAAACUUCAUUUUUAAAUACUCGUGUAUGGAUAGGAAGGCAUUGUGUAGUUAGUUAAAAGGAAUAGGGUUUGUUC